CGGCGCUGCUGCGCGCGGAGGCCCCGCCCGGGGUGGAGGUUGUGUGGGUGAACGAACACGGCGAGCGCGGCACGCCGUACGACAUCCUUCUUGUGCGGCGCCGUGGCGACAGCCGUACUGCGGCCGCCACAGAGAUUGUGGCGUACGUGGAGGUGAAGAGCACCUGCACUCACACACGGCGCGACUUUGAACUGUCGCUGCGUGAGCUGCUAUUCGCCGCACGCUUCGGCACGGCGUACAAGAUAUACCGCGUGCUGCGCGCCAGCACGAGUGUAGCGCAGCGAAUGCAGGUGGAGGUGGUCGAGGAUGUUGUGCGUAUGUGGCACACCGGUGCCCUCACGAUGACGGGUGAAGUGAAGGUGAUGCUCGCGUCGCGGUGA